CGUCAUGAAGCCCUGUUCCUUUGGGGCAGCUGGCGAAAACCAUUUCACUCGCUGGAACCGAUGUAGUUGCAGAUGUUCGUUGGACUGCUGAAGACGCGAUUGAGUAGUGUGAAUCUCAUUGCAAGAUAAUGUUCCUGCUGCCACACCUGAUCCAACUCCUGCUCGGUACCAUCGCUGUGUCUACAACUGCAAACGGCCAGGCAAUACAGUCGAGUAACUACGAGUCAUUUGAUGGAUGCAAGAAGGGGUGGGUGUUACCGAAACGGCCUUUCCUCGUUGUCACCACCUUGUCCCUUUUGAACUGCGCAGAAACAUGCUCACGAACUUCCGGUUGCUACUCAAUCAACGCCUGCAGACAGCAAGACUCAUCCAUGCGAUGCAUACUGAUAGCUGAUUUCUCCAGGACCGGUUGUGCUGGACUCGAGGCAAUGAGUAACUGCCGCCAUUUGCAAAACAGUCAGGCUGUCGCAAUGAUGGCAGCUAAUCCUUGCUUCAACGGGGGGUCGUAUAUCAACAGCGCGUGUUCGUGUGUGUGGGGUUUCGCUGGGGCAACAUGUGAACGAAUAGUUAGAGGCUGCAGAGAGGCCUACUUGCUUGGCGUACGUGGAAUGGGCUUCUAUGAAAUCCAACCAUUCGGCUCCCCAAUUUCAUACAUCGUCUACUGUAAUUGCAUGUGGGUCGGCACCGUCUACGCCUUCAAGAGAAUAAUCCCCCCUCCUCCAUCAUGUCAACCCAUAAGCUACAACCGAACGUGGGAGGAGUACAAGACAGGCUUCGGGGACAUCAACUGUGAGUACUUCCUCGGCCUGGAGACCAUCUACCAACUGAACACGUACGAAAAGUUCCAAUGGAACAUAUACAACAUGGUGGACGGAAAGGCGUUUCCGGCAGCUAGCAUCUACCUGGAGAGCACAGUCCUCCAAUCAGAGGCAACUGAUUAUAAAAUUGAUUUUGUUCGAAUUUUCACCAGAUCUUAUGAACAUGGAGAUGACGCCUUUGACCAAAGCGAGAAGCCGAGAAAGUUUUGUACCUUUGACCGGGACUGUGGGGGGUGUGCGGGUAAGGAAGGAGGGGCGUGGUGGUUCACAACCAGCUGUUCGGGAGGAGCAAUCACUGCUGCAGCAGAUAAGAUGUAUUGGCCCGUCAAUGGAGUUGACAAGGUCAUCAACGAGACGUAUAUACAGCUGGAUCAUAUGCUCUACUACUAAGACCACAUUCAUUUCAGUCUAUGUGGUUUGGUACGGUGGCCCAUACCCGCCACUAGUGAGAUCAUUUUUCACUGUAUGCCUCUAUAUUUUAUCUGGCGGCCGCAAGAUACCUCCACUGGUGAGAUAAAAUAUAGAGGCAUACAGUGGAAAAUGAUCUCACCAGUGGCGGGUAUGGGCCACCGUAGUUUGGAGAUGUGUAAUAGAAUAUUAGUAGGUAGCAUACAGAAAUUUUGAAUUUUUUUAGGGAUGGGUCGGGGUGAGGAGCUAAAUACGAGGGGUGGUUAAUAAGUUCUGAUCCCAUUGAAAGACUUUCCCUUUCGUUGAUGUUUAACGCCGCACUCAGCGAUAUUCCAGCUGCAUGACGACGGUUGACAUAAUGAGCAUCGAUCCACGCAAUUGGAUUGAUUGAUUGAAUAUUGUUUUA